GGAACCGCAGAAGAAGAAGACGGCGCUGGCACUGUGGGAUCGUAGAGCCAGCGGUCAGGUUGAUUGUGCGACUGGCAGUGACCUGUAGGAAAAACCACGACUGCUGCAAAACCGACGAGCAGAACAUGGAGGCAUCGGCUUGACCCGUAUACCAGCACAGCUGCCAGGCCUGGAUGUUACCAGUCUUUAAAUAACUUCUUCUGCAACUGGUAAGAUGUUCCUGGUUUAGCUGAGAAGCAUCUUAUCGCGGAGAUGUCUGAGAAGAAGCGCGCCAGAACCCACGGCGAGGCGUUGAACACCGACGUGUACGAGCUGUCGGCCAGCGACGAGUCUGAGCCCGAGGACGACCCCAGCAGAGCUCCGUUCGACCCCGAGUUCGACCACAGCGACGAAGACGACGGGGAGGCCUGCGCUCCGGCCGCCGCUCACACGGCCCAGAGCUCCUUCGUCCUGACCGGAGGGAACUCGGCCUUCUCCUACCGCAGCCGCAACGUCUUCGACUGCCUGGAGAGCGCCGAGACGCGGGCCGUCUCCUCGCUGAAGCAGGACGGCGGCGGCGCGGCUAAACGGAAGACCAGUCAGCCUCUGGCGGCGUCUCCGGCUCCGGCCAAGAAGAGAGGAGUCCCGGACUACCUGGUGCACCCCGAGCGCUGGACCAGCUACAGUCUGGAGGACGUGCCCGAGAGCAGCGACAAGGACAACCGGGCGGCCGCUCAGCAGUUCCUGUCCGGCCUGCAGAAGGAGAGAACGGGCCACUCCCCCUGCGACCCCCAGCAGAGGAUGAUCUUCUCCAGGCCCAAGCGGCCGCAGAAGGAGCAGGACGCCGAGCAGCCGGAGCAGCCGGAGCAGCCAGAUCAGCCGGAUCAGCAGGAACGGGAGCAGGGGCUGCACCUCAGUCACCUGGCAGAGGAGGAGGGACGAGCUGGAGAAGUGGUCAAGAAGAACGAGGAGCAGGGGAAGGACAGCGAGGAGGUCAUGAGUGCACCUGCAGAGAAGAAGAAGCAACCGCAGGAGGAAACCAAGAUGGAGGAGUCGGUCCCUGGAUUCAACUCCUUUAAGAAGACGAAGGGGAAAAAGAACUACAGGAGGAGCUCGGUGCACGAGGACGACUGACCGCAACUCCUCCCCCUUUCUGGGAGAAGCUCUGGACUGUGGUGUAAAUAAUGACGUUG